GCGGAGAGAACGAUUAACCUUUAGAUCUGACACAUUACGUAAUUUUUAAUCAAUCUUUCUUUCAAUUCAAAUAAAAAACUUUGCAUACUUCUUCUAGUAUUAUACGGAUACGUAACAAUAACAAUAGUAAAUUUUAUGAAAAUUGAUCAAGACAAAGAGAGUAGCGUUUUGGAGUAAAAAUAGGAGAGCUCGAGGUCCAAUGGUGCAAAAAUGUUAGCUAUUCAACGGACCAUUAGUCUACUAUUCCCCAACUUCUAUAAUAUCUCUAUACUUCGCAUCUCCACCCUCCAUUUUUCCACGUAUAUCCCUCAGGAUCUCAACACGUGGCAUAUCUCUUUCGCGCUCUUUGGGUCCAAUAUCCAAUUGUCUUUUAAAAACCCAAAUAAUUCGGAAACCAAGUGAUUUCUAACAAAAACAACUGUGCACACACGCUUGUCGAUAUUCAAUUUUUUCACAAUUCCCAAAUAAAAAAAUUUUACGAAAAUUUCAUAAUUCCAAGUCCCACGAAUGUAGCUUUUGAUGCAUUCAUACAAAGUAUUAAAUAUUCUUUUAAACAUUUAUAUACAAAACAUCUUUUACUCAUUGAUUGUUCUUUCCGAAAACCUGAAAUGCCUCCUCUGUUUCUUCCUUCUUCUUCCUCUGCUCUGUUUCUACUUCUUCUCCUCCUCUUAACUCUCCAAACCCUAACUUCCAUCUCUCUCUCUCAGCCAGACGCUCUCCGUUCACCGGAAAAGUGUGGAAACUUCUCAGUCUCCUUUCCUUUCCACCUCUCUUCCUCCUCCUCCGCCGCCACUUUUCGACUCUCCUGCACAAACUCAUCCACUCUGUUUCUUCAUAUAAACCACCAAAGUUACCGAAUCAUCGAGUUCUUCACCGACGGUCUCCUCGUAGACUUCCCUUCAUCUCCUUCUUGUCGCCAAUUCAACGACUUACGCUCUUUCCCUUUCUCCGCAAACCAAUUCUUCUCCAUCUCUUUCGAAAACGUAAUCGGUCUUUAUGACUGUGAAGAUUCUUCUCUCUGUAAAUUCGGUUGCGAAACCAACGAUCUCUUUGGUUGCGAUGGCAGAGAGGAAGAUGAAACUUCCGGCGGAGAUAUCGGUUGUUGCUACCCUCUGUCCGAUCACAGCGCGUGGCGUGCAGGCGAUGAUUUCUCUGUUUUUAGUAAAUAUGGAUGCAGAGGAUUCUCUUCGUGGUUUGUUCCACGAGGGACGAACAGAGGAAAUCGAGGCGUUAAGUUGGAGUGGGCUAUUCCAAGAAACUCGUCGGAGGCUAUUUGUGAUCGUGAGGCUCGAACUGUUAACGCUACGGCUAUUGAAGGAAGUGUUCGUUGUGUGUGCCGUGAUGGCUUCGUCGGCGACGGCUUCGUCCAUGGCACCGGUUGCUUAAAAUCUUGCUAUAAAGACGGAAAGGAAUUAUAUGGAGGCAAAUGCAAGAUCAAGAAACACAACGGGAAGAAACUCACCGUUUUAGCCGGUGUUUUGGCUCCUCUGUUCAUACUUGGCUCACUGUUAGCUCUCUUCUGUCUCCUUAAACGUCCUGUUACAACUCACAAAGACCAGCAGUUCGAUAUCUCUACCUCAACUACUACUAGUGUUUCGUUUCGCAAAGAUUACAACAAGACUCGUCUUCUCUUCACUUACAGUGAGCUAGAUGAAGCCACCAAAGGGUUUCAAGAUUCACAGAAACUCACACAAGGGAAAACUGGAACAAUCUAUUCAGGCAAUUUAACAAACGGAACACGCGUGAUCGUUCACAAGGUUCUUUGCGAAAACAAGAUUGAAUUCAUGGAGAUUUCGUCUCAGAUCGAUCAUCUAUCCGCGGUUUUGCAUAGAAACCUCGCGAGAAUCAUAGGUUUCUGUAUGGAUAUUGGAUAUAACCCACUCGUUGUUUACGAGUAUCCGGUAAACGGAUCACUUGGAGACCGAUUGCGUCUAGGGCUUGAUUGGUGCAAGAGAGUUAACAUUGUAGCUGAAGUAGCUGGUUUACUCGCUUUACUUCAAUACGAGAACUAUCCACCGAUUCUACACAACAACAUUUCUUCUGGUUACAUCUUUUUAGACGAAGAUUUUCAAGCUAAAGUCACAGGUUUUGGUUUACAGAGGAAACAGAGGAUUGAUACUAGUAUGUACGAUUUCGCGGUUUUGCUUCUAGAGAUUGUGACUGGUUUAAAGCAGAGAGAAGAGACAGUGACUCAAGCGUUGCAGAGGAUUAGAAGCGGUAAGCUUGAAGAAAUCGUGGAUCCUUCUAUGUAUUUUCAUGAGCAGCCUGUGGCUUUUAGAGAACAGAUUGGUUUAGUAGCUGAUAUCGCGACUCGGUGCGUUUUGUUUGGUGGUGAUGGGAAAUUUGGAAUGGUUGAUGCAGCUAGAGAGCUGUUGCAGAUCGCUGGAAACAACGGUGGAGGCGGUUGCGAUAAGAAAAGAGAUGGAAUUGAGGAAACGUUUUCGAAUUCGAGUUUGCUUCAGAUGAUUUCUAUGUCUCCUGAUUCUAUCUAUCUCCCUAAGACCUAAAACAAAAACAGAGGAAGUGAAUUUUGUUUUGAAAGUAUGUAAAUUUAAAACGCUUUGCUUGAGAGUAAAGAAACGUUUUUUU